UGGGUGCAUCAAAGGUGAUAGCUCGAUAUCGUCAACUUGGAGAAAUAUUGGCCGGAAUAUAUAUUCUAUACUUACCGUAUCAGGUAUAUAUUACGGGUUUCGAUAUGCUCUUUGAUUGGUGACUCUAUGACCCUACUACUCGGAUCAUAUUCGCUAUUGAUGUAUUCCAGAAGGUGAUAAAUUGGAUGAAACUAAGCAAGUGGUAUUCUUUUCACGGUGAGGUUGAUAAUGACUGGUAUGGAGGGAAGUUGAAUAUCGCACUACGCUCUUCUCUGUACAUUAUUUGCUUCAGACUGAUAUUUAAGGGAAAUUAUAUUUCAUUAUGUAUUAAACCAUAAGAAUAUUUCUGAGACUGUAUUUCUCUGUUUGCUAACAAAGCAUUGUGUUUGAUAAUGGAUGUGACCGUACCAUCACAGCUUAAAGUUAAUUCGGAUGAGGAAAGUGCUACUAGUAGAUACAUUGUGGUGAUCAUCGAUGUCGUACUCAUGGUCAUCAUCGUCGCAUCCAUUGCCGGGAAUCUAUUAGUAUGUUUAUCUGUUGGAUUGGAUCCUGUAUUACGUAAACCGAGUAAUGUAUUUGUAGCGUCAUUAGCAGUAGCUGAUCUGUUGGUUGCCGUUCUAGUCAUGCCUUUCUCCCUCUCCACUAACUUUGUCCACAAGGAUAUCUUCACUCCCGUCUUUUGCAAGGCAUGGAUAUCUUUCGACGUCACAUUUUGUUCGACAUCUGUGAUCCACCUCUGUAUGAUUAGUGUUGAUAGAUACUUUCAUAUCAAGGAACCGUUCAAAUACAAGCGAUGGAUGACCAACAAACGAGCUCUGUUGAUCAGUAUCAUGGUCUGGAUCAUCAAAUCUCUUUCUGCAUUCCUACCAAUAUUCUUAGGUCUAUUCCACGGUGAAGAAUCUGUUGAGGAUGCCUCGAAUGCUACAGAUGCGUACGGUGACGGAUUGGAGAGUGCUGCGGGAUGGCAUCUCUCAGGAUCCAUCUUCUGUGAUAAUGCUUUCAAUCAAACCUACAUCAUUAUUACAACACUCGUCGAUUUCUUCAUCCCAAGUUGGAUUCUUCUCUUCGUUUACGCGAGGAUAUAUCAUCUUAUUCAAACCCGCAACAAGAACCUGCGUCAAGGUUUUUUAGCAGAAGGUAAAUCGGGUGAUGAGAACAACGCAAAAUCAACCGAUUUUCGGGUCAACAAUCAGCAUCAUUCUCAUCACAAAGCCGCCCUCAUGCUCGGUACCAUCAUUGGUCUGUUCUUGGUCUGCUGGACACCAUUCUUCCUUAACCUUUUUAUAUGUUCAUUUCGACAGUGUGUUUCUUUUUCCUCGAAGAGAGAUGAAGUAUUAACAUGGUUAGGAUAUAUUAAUUCAAGUAUGAACCCUUGUGUCUAUUCUAUUUCUAAUCCUGAAUUUCGCCAGUCGUUCAAAGAUAUUAUCCAUCAUAAACCAAGAUCGUGGGUGAUCUCAAGCGCUCGACGUAUAUCAUUACAAUACAGGAGCAAUGAAAGAACCACUGAGCAUGCCGAAGCCCGUUGUUGAAAAAAGAAGAGCUCCCAUUGUAAAAAAAAAACAGUAUUUCGUUGACUUAGAGUUGGCUUGCAAUUAGUCUAAGUUAUACAUUCCUUUGGAAAAAAAAUCCCAAGAGAAUACAUAGACCAGACCUCAGGAAUAAGGAAUGUCUAGUUUGGGCAUUGUAGCAUCUAUUUGUUGAAUGAUAACUUUGAUUUCUAAUAAAGAAGAAUAUUUUGUGAAUACAUUUGCUAUCGAGAUACGUACCGGGAUACAAGAAGGAUACAUAUAGUCCAGGAUAGGCCCCAUAGACAAGGGGUCGAACCUUGUUUUUUUAGAUAUACAAUGUUUUUUUAUGGUUUCUUGUCAAUUCGAGGGUGCUGAUUCCGAAUCUGAAUGAUGCCACUCUUGUAUCCUUGAGCAUUUUCCGCAAAUUGGCAAAAUCCAAAAUGGCCGCCAAAAUAUGCAAAUUGCCCAUGAAAAUCAUAAACUUGCCAACACAUUAGCUAUAAAAUGCAUGUAGUUGUUGUGCAGAAGUGAAAUACCAAUUGGAAAAGCGAUAUUUGACAAAAUAUUUAUUUUAUUGAUAUUCAAAAUGGCCGCCAUAACCCCUGUAUACUUUAUUAUGUAGAAUAUGAAUGGGGAAAAUAUUUUUUUCAAACGAGAGCACUAUUAUUGCAUGUGAUUGUGACCUGCGAGUGGACUACUGUCUGAAAACAUGACUAUUAACAAAACUAUGUCAUUUGUAUACUAUCUAAUGUGAUAAAUACUGUAUUAUGAUAUUCAAAAUGGCUGUCAUAGACUCCUUAUACUGUGUACAAUAUAUAAAAGGGGACAAAUAAUUUUCACAACCUUUGAAUUUGUUUGACUUUAAAAUGGCAAUAACUGCGAAAUAUUGGUGUAACACUGUCUGACAACAAGGAUUUCUAACGAAACAUAUCAUUUCCCUUGCAAUUUCGGUAAUUAUGUUGCAUGUUGACAUUCAAAAUAGCUGCCAUAGGCCCUAUCUGUAUUAUGAACAAAGCGAAUGAAGAAACUAAUUUUCACAAGAGUAAAAACAAUAAAAUGAAUGUAAUUGUAAUCUACGAGUCAAAUAUUGUCUAAAAACAUGUUUUCUGGCGAAACAUAUCAUUUCCUUUUUCAUGCAUGAGAUAAAUGCUGUAUUGUAAAAUUCAAAACGGCCCCUAUGGGCCCUUACAGUAUUAUCUACAAUGUAAAUGGGGAUAAAUACUUUUGAAAGAAUUAGGA